GCCGCCCCCACUCUGAAGGUCACCUUCACUGCCGCCCCCAGCACCGGCCCGGGCUUCGCACGUGGGGUCCCGGGGAGGGUGGCCGUGGCGGGCACACGCACGCCAGAUCGCGGGGACACGUGCGCGCACACGCGAUUUUGGGGUCGAACAGCCGCCGCAGACGGAUGAACUGCGUCCGCACACCUUCUGCGCCCGAGCAUGGGGAGUCCUCCCGGCUGGGGUCACUCUGACACUUGCGGGCCAUCCUCCAUCAGGCACCCGUCGGCGUCAGGAUCCCAGUCAUUGCUUGUGCGCAGGGCUGCAGCCCUGCGAAUGAGGCAAAGCUUGACUCUUCCCGGGCUUGUUUUGUGGAAAGAGCGCUAGUUGGCAUGUGUCUUGUGAGGGGGCUGCUUAGGUUCAUUCCCUAGAGGCAUGGCUUUAAGCUCAGGUUUUCAGUUGUUGGUGUGGUCGGCUUACUUGGGGGUCUGCCUGUGUGUGUGUCGGAGGGGAGGCCAAGGCGAGUAAACUCCUUGGCAAGGUGAGGUGUUUGUGCCAGAACUUGAUCAUUAACCGCCUUAUUGCGAAAAGUGGGUCAGCCCAGAGUUGCUGGUUUUAAGGCAAAGGUCAUCAAUGUGGAGUCGAGUUCCCAGCUCUCCCCACUGGAGUCGUGUGGUGGUGGCUGUGGGAGUGGCUGCAGCUUGUCUCGGGUGGGUGGGGCCUGUUCCUCUCCAUUUUCUCCCGGACCACUUCGGCUCUUCUGUUCCCUCCUUCCUGUCUCAGACUCCGGCCCUGGUCUCUAGUCUCUGAGUUAUCAUCUCCAAUUUGGGUAUCAUCAUGUCCAAAUCUUCCUCAGAUCCCCAAAUCCCCUGUGUAAGUAGUAGGAGUGCAGAACUACUAUCUCCAGUUCUCCCCCCAGCUCUCCUCUGCAGGGGCUUGUCUUAGCUCAUCAUCCCCUCCCCAGCUACACUGACCAAGGCUGGGGUUGACUUGGGAGUGUGGAUGGGAAUAGAGUUAGGUAGGGUCUCCCACCCUGGGUAGGCUUGCUGUCUAGGCCACAGCGGGGUUACCUUGGGUGAGGGACAAAUACUGUGGUAGCCUUGAUUGCCUGGACAAAGCUAAGAUUUGGGCAGAACGAGAAAUGUUGACCACUCCUACCUGCCAGGCUUUGCCUGGCUGUGGUUAUGAGUCAGUGGGGCCAGCUAGAUAAAAGGAGUAGGGGCUGGCUGAUUUCGCUUCUAGUAAAGAGCCCUGAAGAGAUGAAGUGACUUGCCCAAGGUCACACAGCAACCUAGUUGUGGAGGGGAGCGUUUGGGUUGCCAGCGCAUGGCCAGUGUGUGAAGGCUGCCCUAACCUGUCCCAGAGCUGGGACAGGCAUGUUGACUUGGAUCCUAUGCAGAGAUUGUGGGGGCUGAAGAGGGGAGAGGAUCUGUUGGAGCAUCUCGUGAGGGCUUGAGAGAAGCCCCUUCUCAGCUGUGUGCUGAGGGGCUCCAUCUGGGUCAGGGGAGGGUACUGCUAUUUGUUUGGGGGAAACUGGGAGCAUACUAAUGGAUGUGGCUCCUUAUGUCUCUGGGAGGACUUGAAUUACUGCCAGCCGGGGUCUGUUCACAGAAAGAGGGGCCUUCAUGGAGACUCCUAUGGAGACUGACCUGGACAGCAGAGCCCAGACCCCUGAGCUCAGGACCCAGCUCUGGAACGCUCCCCAGUCCCCUUGAGGAGGUGAUCAAGGCCUUUGCAGGGACAAGGGGGGCAAGGGUUGGUUACCUUCUUGGGAAGAAAGCAGCUUUUUGGGGUUAAGAGAACCGGCAGGUUUUUCAAGUUCACAGUGGUGUGUCAAGUUCCUUCUGCCUGGGGGAGGACUCCCUGGAGCUGAGGCCAGGAGCGGGAGGGGGUUGACUGGCUGGGGAGGAGCUUGGGGGCUUAGGGGAGCUCCCCAGCAGAUCCCAGAGCUCUCUCUCCCGUAGGGUCUGAGCAGAGCAGCUUGAGGAACACUACCUCCAGACCCUGCAAACCCGCCUCUGGCCCAGGUGGGACUGGAAGGAGGCAAACAGAGGUGUCCACCCCUUUAGAGUCUCCUAUAGGCUGCCUGCUUGCCUACACCCCCUUUUUUUGAAGUCCUGGGUUUGUGGGAUAGGGCGGUGUGACUUUUGGGGCCUUACUUCCUGUUGGAGCCUCACCUGCUGAGGCCUAGGCUGGGGUGGGGCUUUUCUCCCUCCUGCCUGCUUCCUGUGGGGUCCCCGUGCCCCCAGGCCAGGGCAGGGAGUAUGCCUUAUCUCUUCAUUCUGACCUGACCAGUUAAGACUUUGAAGUAUAACCCUUCCCAUGCUGCAGAGGGCUGCCUUCCUUCUCCUUUCCCUAAAGCUCAGGUCCUCAGGAUUCCCCCUGGCAUGUGAGAGGAGGGGGUGCCAGCCCAGGGGUGUAGAGGCUUGGGGGGCAUCCUGUGGUCUGAGGUAGAGCGGGCCCUCCUGGGGCUUUACAGAACUUCAGGAGGAAGGGGCUGCUGCUUGCCUGGUGGGGGAGCUGUGGCUUGCCCCCCGGGGCUGGGGAGAUUGGACUGUGCCCAGUGAGGGUGGCACUCCAAGGCAUGGGUUUGGACAUCUGACCAACUGGGUGUUUUCUUGACCACGUAGCUGCCUGUUGCUCUGUGUACUUGGGCACCUUACUUACUAGCCUCCCAGAGCCUUGGUUUCCUUGAGGUGGGAUGGUUGAGACCUGCGUGGGCUGGGCCUAGAGCGAGUAUUGGCUCUCUGGUAACCAGAAUGGAGGUGACUGACUGUCAGCGCUGCUGGUGGUGGGGGAGCAUUGCAGGCAACCCUGUUCCACUCCCUUCUCCACGGGUUGGGUACUUGGGAAGUGGGUUUGGGAGAGGGUCUCUCUGUCCUGGGCCCGUGUGAGGCUGAGAGCCGCUUGCAGGGCUAUGGAGAGGCCAUCAGUGCCCAGGUGUCAGUCCUGCCUUGGUCCCUGGGACUGGGUGAGGGGAGAGUGCCUGGAGUGCACGCCUGGCUCCCCGCCCCCACCCUGGUUAGUAUGGAUGCCGGAGCUGUCCUGACUGGGCCCUGGCAACGAGUCAGAGCCCAGGGGAGGCCCUGGGAAGGCGCCCUGGCGAGGCUGGGCAUGCUCCUCUCCAUAGCCAAACGGCCUUCGGCCUCUUGCUGCCAGCCCUGUUUUCCCCAGGGGAGAGACUUGGUUUUCUCCUGGCAGCGCAAGGGCUGCUGGGAAGGGAAGAAGGAGCCUGCCAGCUUCUUGGUGGAGCUGGAGGCCUGGGGCACGGGUGCAGUUGUCCUAUGGGAGACUGGGGCCCACCUCCUCCCCCAACCAAAACCAGUGACUCAGGGAGGGGAUAAGUGCCAGGUCACCUGCAGGGGGCACCGUGAGCCAGAGGCCGGAGCCAGCUACUUGACUCAGGAGGCAGACAGGCACUUGGUGCUUGUGACUGGUGAACAGGGGGUGGCCACCUCAUGGCUUGGGCCCGGGUCUGCACCAGCUGUUGGCGGCAGCUGGCUGAAGCGGUCCUGCCCACCUCUGCUGGGAUUGGGCUCGAGGAGAGGACCCCUUUGCUGCACCCUGCCCCUGCCAGCGAAUCCGCUGGGCCCUCAGUCCUGAGGGGCCCAGGUUCCCCAAAUGCUGGGUUCUUCUGCCCCUCCAACGGCUUCGGCAGCAGUGACUCCCUUCCUGAGGGGCACGGGGAGGUGGGCCUGAGCACUGGUCACAGCUCCCCCUGGGGUCCUGGAGCCACUGGGGCCUUCUGGCCCACAGCCGUCCUUCUGGCCGACCUUGAGCAAGAUGCGAGGCAGGGGGAGUGUGCCCUUCCUGGGGCCGCCCCAGCAGGCCUGGCCCCAUUGAAACCCGAAGCCAGCCUGCGCGCCAGUCCUGGGCCGACCAGCUGCAUGGAGGCAAAGGUAGUGGCAGAGGCUGGAACAAGGAACACAGGCAGUGUCGGGCCUGAGCCGGAGAGCUGGCUUCCUCCCCACCAUGGCAGACCCGAGGCCCCCGAGCCAAGGAGAGGGCAGCUGUCGGCUGAACCAGAGCCACCAUCAGUCAUGCUGUUGAAUGGGGACUGCUCAGAGAGCCUGAAGAAGGAGGAGGGGGUGGCUGAGCCACCUCGGGAAAAUGGGCUGGAUGAAGCUGAGCCAGGAGAUGAGGCCACUGGGCAGGAAGUCAUUGUCAUUCAAGACACAGGCUUUUCUGUGAAGAUCCUGGCCCCUGGGAUUGAGCCCUUCUCCCUGCAGGUGUCCCCCCAGGAGAUGGUGCAGGAGAUUCACCAGGUGCUCAUGGACCGUGAAGAUACAUGCCACCGCACCUGCUUCUCGCUGCACCUGGAUGGCAACAUGCUGGACCACUUCUCAGAGCUGCGCAGCGUCGAGGGGCUGCAGGAGGGCUCCGUGCUGCGCGUGGUGGAAGAGCCAUACACUGUGCGCGAGGCCCGCAUCCAUGUGCGCCAUGUCCGAGACCUGCUCAAGAGCCUGGACCCGUCCGAUGCGUUCAAUGGUGUUGACUGCAACUCUUUGUCCUUCCUGAGCGUCUUCACCGACGGCGACCUGGGAGACAGCGGGAAGCGGAAGAAGGGCUUGGAGAUGGACCCCAUUGACUGCACGCCACCUGAGUACAUCCUUCCAGGAAGCCGGGAGCGGCCAUUGUGUCCCCUGCAGCCCCAGAACCAUGACUGGAAGCCCCUGCAGUGCCUGAAGGUGCUUACCAUGAGCGGCUGGAACCCACCGCCCGGGAACCGAAAGAUGCACGGGGACCUCAUGUACCUAUUUGUGAUCACGGCCGAGGACCGGCAAGUCAGCAUCACUGCCUCCACGCGGGGCUUCUACCUGAACCAGUCCACGGCAUAUCACUUCAACCCCAAGCCUGCGAGCCCCCGUUUCCUCAGCCAUUCCCUGGUGGAGCUCCUCAACCAGAUCAGCCCGACCUUCAAAAAAAACUUCGCUGUGCUGCAGAAGAAAAGGGUCCAGCGCCACCCGUUCGAGAGGAUCGCCACCCCAUUCCAGGUGUACAGCUGGACGGCCCCUCAGGCGGAGCAUGCCAUGGACUGUGUGCGUGCAGAGGACGCCUACACCUCGCGGCUGGGCUACGAGGAGCACAUUCCUGGCCAGACCCGGGACUGGAAUGAGGAGCUGCAGACAACGAGGGAGCUGCCGCGCAAGAAUCUGCCCGAGCGGCUGCUGCGAGAAAGAGCCAUUUUCAAGGUGCACAGUGACUUCGCGGCAGCAGCGACGCGGGGCGCCGUGGCAGUUGUCGACGGCAACGUGAUGGCCAUCAACCCCAGCGAGGAGACCAGGAUGCAGAUGUUCAUAUGGAACAACAUUUUCUUCAGCCUGGGCUUCGACGUCCGGGACCACUAUAAGGACUUCGGCGGGGAUGUGGCGGCCUACGUGGCCCCCGCCAACGACCUGAACGGCGUGCGCACCUACAACGCGGUGGAUGUCGAGGGGCUGUACACACUGGGCACGGUAGUGGUGGAUUACCGUGGCUACCGCGUCACGGCCCAGUCCAUCAUCCCCGGCAUCCUGGAGCGGGACCAGGAGCAGAGCGUCAUCUACGGCUCCAUCGACUUUGGCAAGACGGUGGUGUCACACCCGCGGUACCUGGAGCUGCUGGAGCGCACCAGCCGGCCCCUCAAGAUCCUGCGGCACCGGGUGCUCAACGACCGCGAGGAGGAGGUGGAGCUCUGCUCCUCCGUCGAGUGCAAGGGCAUCAUCGGUAACGAUGGGCGCCACUACAUCCUGGACCUGCUGCGCACCUUCCCGCCCGACCUCAACUUCCUGCCUGUGGCCGGCGAGGUGCUGCCUGAGGAGUGCGUGCGCGCUGGCUUCCCCCGUGCCCACCGCCACAAGCUCUGCUGCCUACGCCAGGAGCUGGUCGACGCCUUCGUGGAACACAGGUACCUCCUCUUCAUGAAGCUGGCGGCCCUGCAGCUGAUGCAGCAGAAAGCCAGCAAGAUGGAGACCCCCACCUCCCUGGAAAAUGGUAGCCUCCCGUCAUUGGAGCCCAAGCCUGAAGUCUCCCCAGGACCUGAGGUGGGCAGUGAGGAGGAAAGUGGCAGUGCUAGUGGCCUGGCCAAGGUGAAGGAGCUGGCGGAGACCAUUGCCUCAGACGACGGUGCAGCAGAUCCUCGGAGCAGGGAGGUCAUCCGCAAUGCCUGCAAGGCCGUGGGCUCCAUCAGCAGCACAGCCUUUGACAUUCGAUUCAACCCCGACAUCUUCUCGCCAGGGGUCCGCUUCCCCGAGUCCUGCCAGGAGGAAGUUCGGGACCAGAAGCAGCUGUUGAAGGAUGCAGCUGCCUUCCUGCUCUCCUGCCAGAUCCCGGGCUUGGUGAAGGACUGCACAGACCACGCGGUGCUGCCCAUGGACGGGGCCACGCUGGCGGAGGUGAUGCGCCAGCGGGGCAUCAACAUGCGCUACCUGGGCAAGGUGCUGGACCUGGUGCUCCGGAGCCCUGCCCGCGACCAACUGGACCACAUCUAUAAAAUUGGCAUUGGAGAACUUAUCACCCGCUCUGCCAAGCACAUCUUCAAGACAUACUUACAGGGGGUCGAGCUCUCAGGCCUCUCGGCUGCCAUCAGCCACUUCCUGAACUGCUUCCUGAGCUCCUACCCCAACCCUGUGGCCCACCUGCCUGCCGACGAGCUGGUCUCCAAGAAGAGGAACAAGAGGAGGAAAAACCGGCCCCCAGGGGCUGCGGAUCACACAGCCUGGGCUGUCAUGACCCCCCAGGAGCUCUGGAAGAACAUCUGCCAGGAGGCCAAGAACUACUUUGACUUCAACCUUGAGUGUGAGACCGUGGACCAGGCUGUGGAGACCUAUGGUCUGCAGAAGAUCACGCUGCUGCGGGAGAUCUCCCUGAAAACUGGGGUCCAGAUCCUGCUGAAGGAAUACAGCUUCGACAGCCGCCACAAGCCAGCGUUCACUGAGGAGGACGUGCUCAACAUCUUCCCUGUGGUCAAGCACGUCAGCCCCAAGGCCUCGGACGCCUUCCACUUCUUCCAGAGCGGGCAGGCCAAAGUACAGCAGGGCUUCCUGAAGGAGGGCUGCGAGCUCAUCAACGAGGCCCUGAACCUGUUCAACAACGUGUAUGGGGCCAUGCACGUGGAGAUCUGCGCCUGCCUGCGCCUGCUUGCCCGGCUCCAUUACAUCAUGGGCGACUACGCCGAGGCCCUGAGCAACCAACAGAAGGCUGUCCUCAUGAGCGAGCGCGUAAUGGGCAUUGAGCACCCCAACACCAUCCAGGAAUACAUGCACCUGGCCCUGUAUUGCUUCGCCAGCAGCCAGCUGUCCACAGCCCUGAGCCUGCUGUACCGUGCCCGCUACCUCAUGCUGCUUGUGUUUGGGGAAGACCACCCCGAGAUGGCAUUGCUGGACAACAACAUCGGGCUGGUGCUGCAUGGAGUGAUGGAGUACGACCUGUCGUUGCGCUUCCUGGAGAACGCGCUGGCUGUCAGCACCAAGUACCAUGGGCCCAAGUCCCUCAAGGUGGCCCUCAGCCACCACCUUGUUGCCCGAGUCUAUGAGAGCAAAGCUGAGUUCCGGUCAGCCCUGCAGCACGAGAAGGAAGGCUAUACCAUCUACAAGACCCAGCUGGGCGAGGACCAUGAGAAAACCAAGGAGAGCUCUGAGUACCUCAAGUGCCUGACCCAGCAGGCCGUGGCCCUGCAGCGCACCAUGAACGAGAUCUACCGCAACGGCUCCAGCGCCAACAUCCCACCCCUCAAGUUCACAGCCCCCAGCAUGGCCAGUGUCUUGGAACAGCUCAACGUCAUCAACGGCAUCCUCUUCAUUCCUCUCAGCCAAAAAGACCUGGAGAACCUGAAGGCCGAGGUGGCGCGGCGGCACCAACUCCAGGAGGCCAGCAGAAACAGGGAUAAGGCCGAGGAGCCCAUGGCCACUGAGCCUGAGCCUGUGGGGCCCCCAGAGGAGGCCAGCUCUCAGCCCCGGGUGGCCAAGGAUCCUUCUCCAAGCUUGCAGGGGUAGAAGGGGAGAGACAGACGGACAGUCAGUCAGCUGCCCCAUUGCCCAGACUCCAGGAGAAGGGGGCAUGCCCUGCAGACUGGGAGAGGAAAGAGCCCCCUCUUCCUUCACAUUUCCAACCCCACCCUACCCCCAGCAUCCUCCUGGGACCCCGGCCCGGCCCGCCUGCCCCCAACGAUGUUUUUGCACUGGUUCAAAGAAUUACGAAGGCGAGGCCCAUUGCAGACACGUGAUGGAGUGUGUGAGCGUCAGCUCCCCGCACAGGCAGGUGCCCGCCGGUCCCCUGCCUUCCAGCAGACGUGUGCGAGGGUGGCCCUGCCCGCAAGUGCCCCGACGCGUCCUCCCUCGCCUGUACAUAGCCCCGAGUCAGCCCUGAGUGGGUGAAUGCAGAUGCGAUUUCUCAGGUCGUUUGUAUGUUUGACAUUAUGGCUGCUGCUUUUGCUGCCACUACCCCCCCAGGCCCAACCUGGCUUGAAGUCCAGGUUUUAAGCCAGAAAAAUGGGGGGCUUUCCUGUGUCUUGAGGGUGGGGAGACAGAGCUCUGUGGCAGAGACAGAGGGUUGGGUGCACUUUAGCUUUUUGGCAAGAUCGGAGCUGCAGCGGUUUUGCUAACCAUGAUAGGGGCCGACCUGGCUGUGGCUUAGGGACUGGGGGGCAGCAGUAGGGUGCCCUGAUGUUUCUGUGCCCAGCCCGACCUCUCAGCUGUGGGCCCCAGCAGGCUCUGACCUGCCUUCCCCCUCCUUGCCCCCCAGAUGGGGAUAACCUUGGGGGCUACGGUCUGAAUGUAUCCUCCCCAUUUUAACCUGAGCUGCCUAACGCACAGUGGGGGUGGGGCUGGGUGAAGGGGGGCAGGACUGAAUCAUGGAUCCUGGAGGAAGUUGCCAGGUAGAGUGGCUGUCACCUGUUCGUGGAGCCUAGCUCCCUACCUGGUUCUCCCACACCGCACCUUCUGCAGAAGAGUGGGGGUAGCAGGGGAGGGCUAGGUGAGGGUGAGGGUGGUCCCGUACCCGCUGCUUCGCUCCUCGCCUGCCUGUGCUGCUACUCUGCCUGCUGUCAGAGCCCUGACCUCGGUCAGGGAGGAGGUUGUGACACUUGUGAGCUUGAGGGAGCGGUUCUGGGCUGGGGGCUCUGCCUGGGGGCUUUGCCAAGAGCUGCUUAUGGGUAUGGUCUGUCCAGGCACCUUGUUUCAAAGGGAGUGGGCAUGAGCUAGCAAGCAAAGCGACCCCACAGCUGAUCAAGAACUUUUUCUUGUUUUUAAACCAUCACGUCUUCAUUUCACAUUGGAAUAAAGUGAGUUUUUGAAACCUGCUGUGCCAGCCUCUCCUGUGUGAAGUUGUGUUACCAAUGAGAGUUUAAGGCAGAUGAAUGUGUAUACAUUAGGUCACAUUCAAGGUUAUCUUGUAAUGUUUAAGGAGGGAAGGGGGUGGAGUCUCAGGCUCGGUUUGUCCAUCUGUCAUAGUCAUUAGACCCAAGGCAGUGUCACACACGAAUGUCAUCUGUCCCUGGUCACAGGAGAGAAGAGGCUGAGGAUUGCUCCUCCACAGAGCUUUGGGGUGCAGGCUGGGGUGUCAGCAAUCGGGGAGGGCUGCCCCUUCCCAGGGUGGGGGCUGAGGUGUUAAGGCUCCUGUCCUCUCUGGGCACCUAACUGGGUGGGGCUCUUGCCAGUAGUAUCUCUUACCAUGAGCCAGGAUUGGGCAGCAUCCCCAGGAACUGCGAACAGAGGGUGUCUGGAAUUUACCAUCCCAGGGUAGGUUUUAGACUGCUGGCUUUUGGAGAUGCAGUGAGAUGGGAGGUUGGAUGGAAAAGGGCAAGGGGAGCCCACUUGGGUUUGAGGGGUAGGGCUAGUGAAGGCAGAGUGUGGAGCGAGGAGUGAGCCUGUCUCUAAGCUGGGUGGCCACCUGAGCAGGCCAGCCUGCAGCCUGGGGUGUAUGAAUGCCUGCUUGAGUACUUGGAGAGCCCUUUGUGUCUCUGAAAUUCUGAAGGAAAAUAAAUGCCAACCCUAAUGUCUGUUUUCCCCGGGCCAGUUGGAGAAAAGUGCCUGACCUUCAUGUGGUCUUUGAAACCUAUCAGUACCUUGACUAUUACGCCAUGUGCAUCCCCCUUCUGGUCCCCCUCCAGCAGUUUCCGUGGUCGUGUGGUAACACACCUUUGUGCUGUGCCCACGGGGUUACAUGUCUCAACUGCACCCCUAGAAAUGAGGCAUCGUUUAGGUGAGAAUGGAUCGGAUUUCAUUACCAUUUGCUGUACUACUUACUAGUCACCUGGGCGGCCCACUUUCCAUGGUCAACCUCCUGAACAUAUUAGUGCUGUCAGGUAUCCUAACAAUCCAAAUGACAAGGGGUAGUUUAGAGGAGGUGGAGGCUCUGGGCGUGGAAUUCACCCUUUCUCCUUCCCUUCCGACUGACAGAUUUCAAGAAUUUUUAAGUGGCAUCCAGGAAUGUUUAGUGUGAGAACUGAUACGUGUUACAUUAUGUAUGGUCUCCAUUUGGAUGGGCAGCUACAGGAGAUGGAAAAUGGACUCACUAAGCUUCAUGAGCCACACCCACUGCCUCCAUAUCCCAAUCCCUCACCUGGCUUUUACUUUCUACUAAUUUUCUUCUUUUGGCUUUUUCUUAACACACAUAUUACUUUGAUAAUUUUAAAUAAUGCUUUAAAAAGAACUAUUACAACCAAAUUAAACUUUCAGUGUGUGUCACCUGUCUCCACACCCUCCAAAACUAUCGUUGUUAAACACGAGUAUCGAGAGAACUGUUAAACUGUGGGAAUUCCUGGAUGUCCUAUAAGGGCAUUACUGGCCCCACCCUCCAGGUAGGGAGCUGGGCUCCUGAAUUAGGUAUCCCGAUGUGGCCUGAAUAUUCUCUCACCCCUAUCUUCAGGAUCUGAACAUACCAAAUCAGACAAGGCAAGCAUAACCAGGACAGCUGCAGUGGGCAGGUAACCACCCUCAAACGGAAAGUGAAAUAAAUACCCCAUUUAAGCAGGUUGUGCAGUGGUUAAGAGCUCGGCUGCUAACCAAAAAGUUGGCAGUUCGAAUCCACAAGCCGCUCCUUGAGAACCCUCUGGGGCAGUUCUACUCAGUCCUGUAGGGUUGCUAUGAGUUGGAAUUGACAGGAACAGGUUUAGUUUUACUUGGUUUUUUAAAGCAGGCAAAGCCCUGGUGGCGCAGUGGUUAAGCAUUUGGCUGUUAACGGAAAGGUUGGCAGUUUGAAUUCACCUGGAAACUUGAAUUCUGGGAAACUGUGGAGCAGUUCUACUCUGUCCUGUAGGGUCACUACGAGUCAGAAUUGACUGGAUGGCAACCGGCUUGGUUUGGUUGGUUUAAGCAGGUCAAUCAUUAAUGAGAAAAAAUCAGACUUGAGCUGCAGACCAUUCAGGAUAUUAUCGUGAGAAUAAAGUCAUUUCACAUGGAAUAAUUGAGGAGCUUUCCUAAGGCGGGCAAGUGUGGGCAAGAUACCCUUGGUUUAUCCAUUCCUAGGCCAUACUGCAAUGGGGCGGGCGGUGGGCUCAAGUGUGGUGACGGCUGGGCAGAGAUGGGAUGACGUGUUUCCUGCAUUAAAAGUUUUAAUUAAUUUACCUUUUUAAAAAAGAUGUCUGAAUCCCGCCCCCCUUGCUAACAAUAUGUUUUAUAUAGGCAGAAUCAGGUAAGGGAAAGAGUAAGUAUAUUUGGGUUCAAAUCCCAGCUCCCCCCUUACACAGCUGUGAUACCCUUGGCACGUGAACUCACCUCCCGUAAGUAAGCCUGUUUUCUUAUUCACAAAAUGCAGUUAUAGCCACCAAAAAAACCACAAACCUGUUGCCAUUGAGUCGUUUCUGACUCAUAGUGACCCUACAGGACAGAGUAAAACUGUCCCAUAGAGUUUCCAAGGUGCAGCUGGUGGAUUUGAACUGAUGACCUUUUGGCUAGCAGCCAAGCUCUUAACCACUGCGCUACCACCACCAAGGGAUAUAUGUGAGAAUAAAGGUGUGUGUAGUGUAUUAAGUGUUGGCACCUAGCAAGCAUUCACACGUCAGGUGUUUUCCCUCUCCUAGUCCCUCCGCUCCCGCUUUCACUGAGAGGGACAGGAGACCAAGUAGGAAUGAUGAGAGCAUUCAUAAGGAACAAACUGCAUGUGUCUAAGUGAGGAGAGAUCUGAAUUCAAACCCAGCGGCGGGGUCCAGGGACCAGUGACAUCUGUUCAAGUUUCUUCAUUGGUGGCAAGUUGGAUCAUUUAGAUCAGUGGUUCUCAAACUUGAGCCUCAAGUCACUGACAUCUUCUGCAAGUAGAUCUCUGAGCUCAGAUUGCUUCUGACUCAGGACUCCCGUGGGGCCCAAAAAUCUACAUCUCUAAGGAGUUCCCAGAUGAUGCUGCUUGCGUAGAGGAUUCUAACCUGUCAAAGGUGAAAAACUGCCAGUCUGCACUCAUGUGUUUACCAAAUACUAAGCCAGUAACCUGAGGCCAGGGACAGACACAACCAUACAUCUUGGAAGGAGACUCGAUGCAUGUGACAAUAAAUAGCACAUUAGGGUAGCAUGACAAUAAAGCUAGAACUCUGCUCGCAGGGAAAGUGGUUGGGCCCAUCACCUGGAGCUCAGCCUAGGUGGAAAGAGGAGACCCUUAUAAGGAAAUAGAAAGGUGGUCUGAUGGCAAGAAACUAAAACUUCUGGCAAUUUACCUAUUGCGCUGGGCUCAGCUUUCCACUUUGGGGGAGCACCUACACCCAGUAGGAGGGAGGGAAACACCUGGGCUGUAGGAAGAGCCACCACAUCACUCAGUGCCUGCUCAGGAAGGUGGAGAAUAAAGGUGUGUAUAGUACAGUAAGAGGGCUGAAGACUUCACGGGUGCACUGAGAUGGGCAGCAGGUGGACCCUGGGCCCUGGAUAGCGGAUAAGACGUGGGACAGCCAAUAUGGGUAAAGCAAAAUCUUUUCUUUGGUACAUUUUGGUCAAAAUGGAAAAUAAGGCUUUUCACAAAGCCAAGAUCACUCAUUAUACAACAAAGGGGGUAGGGAUCCUCAUCUCUGGGCCCGGACCACCAGAGGCGGCUAUACUGGGCCACGCCUCGUUUCAGCUCUUUGGCCUCAGCUGUAGAGUCAAACGGCAGCUGAGGGGAGAGACUCUGCAACAGUCUUUUAAGUGCCCUGCCCAACCUGCUCUGUGCCAGCCCACUACUGUACGGGCCCCUAGUGCAGCCCUUCUUCCUCAGCCCAAACGGGGAAAGAGGAGACAGCAAGGGCAUUACUGGCACCCCCUGAACAACUUCCUUCCACUGAGGCCCUGCUGCCCACGGCCACUUUGCAUCUUGAGGCCCUCCUUACUCUUUCCACAAGUGGUGUGAGCACAGUUCCAUAUCCUAAUCAGACCUCAACUUAAAACAGUCUUAAAUCUGUGCACAGACACCAAAAAAACAAACAAAACACAAAUCUAGUUUUAUAGGCAUUUAAUAGUUUACCAAUUGGUACAAUAAGAUUUUUUUAAUAUGCAGAAAACAUGAAUAAAUUUUGUUUUACACAGUCUGAGAGCAACAAAUCUUACUGUAAAACACAAGAGCAAUAGUAUAUACAUUCCUUGACUGAUUUUUUAAAAUUGUGUCAAUAUCUUCGGUUAACUCUUACGAUCUGGGGAGCUGUUUUCUCCAAUUACCACCUCUCCAACGUUCAUAUGAAAUCGAUGCUUGCCUUCAUGUCAGUAUCAGAAUCGACUUCUAACUUGAAGAUUUUGUGUUUGUUUCUAGCAUCUUCAGAGUGAGCUUUAGGGAUGCCUGAAGGAUAGGCAGGACAAGAAAGCAGCUACUUACAUGAUAUAGUGGAACGAUAAAAAGGCCAGUUCAGUCCAGUCGUGACUUGUACAUCCAUCUUGCCCUCCCCCACCCUACUGGGAAAAAAAAAAAACCAAAACUUUUUCCACCAAUUUUGUACAUAUCGCUUCUCUA